CUAGUGUGGUAGAUCUGCGUGUAGGUGGUUCUGAAGUGACGGGUCACACAGGAUCUGUGGGAGCUCCUUCACUCUCUGGGCUGGGUUUGAAUCAGGAACUGCCAGACAAAGAUCUGACAAAGAUCCAAAAGCAUUUUCUCUACUGCUGGAGCCUGGAACUGAUGGCAGAGAAUGUCAACGAAUAAUAAUAUAGCACAGGCCAGGAAGCUGGUGGAGCAACUCCGCAUUGAAGCAGGGACUGAGCGCAUCAAGGUGUCGAAGGCGGCAGCGGACCUGAUGAAUUACUGCGAGCAGCACGCUCGUAACGACCCCCUGCUGGUAGGCGUGCCCACCUCCGAAAACCCCUUCAAGGACAAGAAGCCUUGCAUCAUCCUAUAGCUCCGCCCCUGGCCGCGCCCCCGCAGCGAGCUCUGGGGAUUUCCAGUCAAGACCACCUUCAGUAACAACACAAGUCAUUGGACGAAGGGAAAAUAUCACUUUAUGUUGAGUUUCAAUAGGGAGAAUCUAAACACACACACAAGUAUUUGAUAAUACAUUUUGCUGAAAAGGUGAAGGUGUGUUUUAGGAAGUCAAGCAAGUUAAUGUUAGUGUUAGUAAAGGAUAAAUAAAAUGAGGGUGGGUCAUUUUUCUUUUUUAAAGUGAAAAUAUUCAGAUAAUGAUUUUUAAAAAGCAUGUGGUUUUUCAGCAGGGGGUGGUGCUGAUCCAGGAAGUCGUUUUGUUACUUUCAGGGUCGUGUGGGGGGAAGAUCCCUUUUUAUUGCAGAGCUAGUUGGGUCAGAUUAUGAUUUGGUUCCUUCGCAUUCAGUUCUUUUCUCCGUUAGUUUGUUUUGCACGUAGCUUUUUUGUGAAAGUGUAUUGCCAAGCUGUUGAAGAUGCAGUAUCUUAUCUGGAUUUUUAUGUAUUUUUUAAAGCAGUUUUUGGAAACCCCCCUCCAACCUGACACACACACACACACACACACACACACACACACACACACACACACAAUGUAAUUCAGUGCAAUUCUAACCCAAAUCAAACUAGAAGUUAUUUCAACAUGGUGCUAUUAGGGGUGCCCUUUUGAAAUGAGUUCUGGUGGUUCUUAACAAGAUCUUAAUGGGUAGGUUACAUCAUAAAACCAGCAUCGCAGUCCUAAGCAUGGUGACGAGACCGGGGCACCAUGCAUCAUAAAUCAUAAAACCAGCAGCAAAGUGGGCAUGGACAGGCUGUCUGAAAAGCUGAUGAUUGCAGAGGGAAUGAAGCACCCUCCCAUACCCUCACAGAUGGGGCAGCAGCGUUGGGGCUGAACAGACUCCAUUGCAGUCAGCUUUCUCUUUUCUCUUGAGCGCAAUGAAAAAGUUGUGCUUAGUUACCCAAUUCAAAUUUGAAUUCUUUCAUUUGCAAAGCAAAAUAUGCCGUGACCCAUUUGUUCCCCUUGCUCUGAGCUUCGUGCCACGCUCCACUGCAGCUCUGACAUGAAGAACAUCAAAUAUUAAAGCAUCAAGCGACUUUUUUUUUUUUUUUUUUUUUUUUUUGUGCAGUUUAAUUACUGCACAGGCUUCUGUCCUCAAGCCUAUGUAGUAAUUAAACUCCACCAAAAAAAUGAUAAGAUUAAUUCAAGCCCCGUUUUUCUAUUUUUCAAGUGCCACGGUUUCAUUGCAGAUAAUAAUUGUAAGGUUCUGAAAGUGUAAAAA